UGGUGUACAAAGCAGCAGGUAUUUGUAUCGCCCACCUUCUCCGGUUUACCAAGUCAACGUCAGCAAAAUGAUAAAAACAAAGUGUAUUCUAAUGAGGCAAAGCACAUGGAACUCAUUUGCCGCAUCGCAUAUUUUUUGAAUCAGUGUUGAAAAGAAGUACAGUGAAAAUGUGGGUGUUGGAAAACGAAAUCGACUUCAACGAUUAUGCAUUUAAGAGUUCGCCGGGAUCAUGCAGCGACAAUUCGUGUUCGACAGAAAUUAUGGACAUUGUAUCAGAGGAGGAUUUCAUUACUCAAUUGUCCAAUGAUUUAGAUAUACCCCUGUUUUUGAAUCCCGGAGAGGAUGAGUUGUCUGUAUUGAAUUCAUUUUUAGAUAAAAGUACAGAAGAAAUUUUAUCAGACAUUGCGUCGCCUUCGAGAAUGGACACCCUUUCAAACCAGUCUUCUGCAUUAGAUUUAGAUUUUUUCAAUUGGGAUAAGAAUUGCCCAGAUUUGCAUUCAGAAAUCAAAGUUGAGGACCAUUCUAACGAUUCGAAUUCUAAUUUAAAUUUGUGCGAACCUUUAUCUCCCGUUUCUGUCAAGAACAGCCCAUCACCAGUUAAUUCAAAAAAUGGGUUUAGUUCACCAGUGCAUUCGCCGAAGUCACCAUCAAGCGUCGAAACUAAAUUACCAAUUAAAAGAGUUCCUAUCCAACCAAAAGUUCCAGUCAUAUCGCCUACAUUAAACGAAAGCAGUGUAGUUCUUAUUAAAAAUGAGUUUCCUCAAUUAUUAGGUACAAAUGUCCUUGGGGGUGCCUCCAAACUAGUUGUAGUGAACGGUGGUCCCGCGGUUCCAAUAAAUACCAUAAAUCGCGGCAUUUCGCCCCCAAAGCAAGUGAUCUCUCCCGUUACCAUCAUAAAUAACGGGUACAACAUGGGCCGGGACUCAAACAUCGAUCCAAAAAUUUUAAAGAAACACGAAAGGAAAAUAAAAAAUCGCGAGUCCGCUUCGCUGUCCCGAAAGAGGAAAAAAGACUACCUCACGUCCCUGGAGGAAAAGGUUAAAGACUUGUCCGCCGCAAAUGAUAGACUUGUUGCGGAAAACGCGGCAUUAAAGAAAAAACUAGCCGUUUACGAGAGCCGCUUUCCGAAUAUUCCCGGGAAAAACGCAAAACUGGCGCUGUGCGUGUUUUUGCUUGUAGUCGGAUUAAAUAUCGACUUUCUCAGGAAUCCGUUUGCUCUCAAAAACGCCGUUGGCCCGGUACAAAAGGACCUGCCUAAAUUGACAGACCACCACGGACGGACACUCCUCUGGACAUCGGACGAGAAUAGCAGCGAGGAGACCAGAAGCAACAGCACUCUUAACUUCUUACCGUUGACCAUGUGCCCGGCCUACGUAAAUCAAACGGAGAGUGCGAGACUAGUGUUAGAGUUGGAAAGGUUGAUUGGUAGACCUGCCGAGCCACCCAGACCCGCCACACUUCAGACCAACUUAACCCAACGCAGGCGCAAUCCCAAAAAGAAGAAGAAGGUUCGCGUGGAACAGCGGUCGGUCGAACCGUUGGAGAAGGGCUACGGUCCGAUGAUGCCGAGGGCCAACGAAAUCCAAGUGUUUUCGCCGAAACCGGAACAUUUGUAUUCCGAUUUUUUCGAAGCCAUUAACAGGAAAGAUGACACGUUCUACGUGGUGUCGUUCAACGAGCACCACAUGCUGCUACCCGCCCUGUACCAUAACAAAACGCGCAGACCAAAGAUGUCGCUACUGAUGCCGUCUAUGCUGCCCAACGGCACCUCAUCCCAAAAUUACGUGCCGCUGAUGCAAAUCGAUUGCGAGGUGUUGGACACCAAGCUGGUGAACGUCAAAUAUGGCGCGAUUCCCAGACAGUACCGUAACCGUAGCAACGUAACGGAGAAGGAGGGGGAAACGACAGAUGCCGAUAACGUAACCUCCAAUCGCUACGACAAAAAGCCAUACAAGCCAUAUUUUUUGUACAACAAAUUGGUGAAACGAGCUGGCGAUCUCGCCCCCUAAUCUUCCUUCCCAUAUAGCAAGGGUUUAAUUGCACUUUUUCUUUUUUUUUUGUAUUUCCAAACGUCGAAAUUCGGGGUUAACCACUUUAAAAACACUCGGUGAAAAUUAUUGAGAAAUCUCUCGGAUCGAUAAGAAUAUUAAAAAAGGAUAUUUGUUUUUAUCCAGUCGGUUGCCGCGAAGUUGGCGUUGAAUUUGACAUGUCACACGUCAUCAAUGGCAUGUGACACAUCUCGGCUGCUGUCGAACUUUUCAGUAACGGCUUCGCGUGUUUUCAAUGAUGGUGACGUGUUUAUUGCGUUGGAAUAUGAAAUUUUCGAGAAUCCCAGGUAGCAGAGGCUCGUCAGAGCGACGUCAUUUUCGAGUCAUAAGUGGGCGCUACACGUCAGUAGUCCGAAAAACAAGGGAAAUUGACGUAAAAAAUGUCUUACUAACAUCACAAAAAUGACCUCUGAAUGUCGUCAUAAAAUGACUUGAUGAAUUCCAGAUAUGGACUUUAAACUAAAUAAUUAAUUCAAACUAUUAUCAAAUUCUUCUAUUUAAAUCCGUGAUGUAGGAGAAUAUAUUUAGAGGGUGUCCAAGGAGUGUGUUAAAGUAAUAUAUCUUGUUUAUUAUACUUUUUUUGUUUAGAAAAAUGUUAAUAUACAAAAAUAAUUUGUAAUUAUUUUCAAUAUUUCCAGGGCGAUUAACAAAUGUGCGGAAAAUCAAAGUUAAAUUUUUUAAAUCGAACACCCUGUAUAUUAUGCCAUUAGUAGAUACACUCUUUUAUACUCGAUCAUUCAAUGUAGGGUUCUUUUUUCGUAUUUAAUAUUCUUUAUUUUUGACACCCGUUUUCGACGUCUGUAAUUUUAUUAUGCCUACAAUUUUAUAAAAUGGUACAGUCUUGUCUUGAAGUUAGUUCGAAUCGUUUAUACAGGAGAAGUCAAAAUGAAAAUAAUGCUUUUCGUGAAAAAAUCCAAUAGAAAACCCUGUAUAUAAUACUUCCAUUAUUAUUUUUUUUAAAAGAAAGGCUCAAUUUUAUUCAUUAACUAUAAUUCUCAAUUUCCCGCAAAUGCAAAAGGCGUUCUAUAUAAUUUAAUUUACUUUACUUACUUACUUGCUUUAAUUUACUUUCGACUUUCCCCACUUCAGAAACAAAAAAAAAACAAUUUAAAGAUCGUUAUGUGUUUUGGCGAUAAUGACUCGUAAGUUGAUGUAAAAAAGAUGUCACUUAAAUGAUAUUAGUAGGUCAAAAUCACGUCCUGCCGUGCUACUGUAAGUUAUUUUAUUAUUUUUGCCAUUUGGUGACUAGUUAAUGACGUCAUUUUGACGACCCUCUGCUACCUGGACUACAAUUUUACGAAUGAUGACAAAGUUAAAGAAAACAGGAAAGAUAAGUUAACUUUUUGCGUAACGUACGUACGUACGUUUUAAUCGACUUGCGCAUGUCUGGUGUGACUUUAUCUCUCUAAUAAAAAAAUCCCCCUGAUUCCAACGCAUUCCAUAGAUUUGGACAAAAGGUUAACAGUGGCGUAGCCAUCGUCCAAUAUAAAAGCCAAAGCUAAGUAGUAUUCUAGCAUAAAUUACAGGGUAUGGAGUUCAUAUUAAAGGCAUGAACUAACAAUUAUUGUCCCUCUCCAAAAACCUGAGGGCUGCGUUGAAAAAAUGUAAGUUCUUCAAUGGGCGACUCAAUUGUUUUUUCACGACAUUCUGGAAUUCUAAAAGCGGGUCUAUUACAUACGCGACCUUAAAACGUAAACUUAUUAUUGAUAAUUAGAAAAUUGGAUAAAGACUGGUAAAGUUCUAGUUGGAAAUUAAUUUAUUGUUUGGAAUUUUAUAAAAACGUGUUUAUCUAUAAUGUGACGGUCAGCAGACUUUUGCUUUCCUGAUAAUGACUUGAACCAUGAUCUCGACGCGAAGCGCAGCAGAUUUUUUUUUAGGUUCGUACGACCCAAUCAUAAAUUCUUAAACUCUAUACCUAAUCAGCCGUUUUUUGAAUUUGUUCCUAUAUUUUUACAAUGGAAUUUGUUUCAGUCUCGCCUUACAUGAAUUAAAAACCACAUUUUUUAUAGUACAAAAUUGCGUGGUGUGAACCAUAAAAACCCAUUUUAGUGUUUUGCAAUGGGAUAAAAAUAGAUAUAGAAACUUGUACAUACUGUGAUCAAUAAAAUUUUUAUCGAUUGAAUUUUUGUUUAAAUUUCUGAACACAUUGUUUAAAAUAUAUAUUUUGUUGUCUUUUUUAAGGUUAGUUAGUUACUUUACUUCUAAUGGCCACGACUGCGUUAGGUUCCUAAAGGAUGCCUUUGUAAUGAAAGGAUCCUCCAGGAUUGUUAACAUAUUCAUGCAGUGGAACAACUUCUAAAUAAAUAGUCAUAAAAUGACGACCGAUUCUUCUAACGGCCGCUGCAAUUAUCUCAUACGGGAUAUCCGAUCCCGUCUGGCCUGGUUACCAGCGUCAAUAUAAGACAUCUGGAAACCGUGUUUACACAUAAUGGAAUAACAUCACAAAUCCGCUUAAGACGAACACUUUCCCAAAUUUAUAGGCACUGCGCCUCUAUCACUUCAGAUAACAAAUAUACCAAACACUAUUUUAGAUCAAACGGCACUGAUUUCCACUUUUUAUGGAACCCGGUAGUAGCGACUUCCGCCAUUUGCAAUGGUUCCUCUCAACUCUCUUUUAGGUUAUUUGGUUCAUAUACCUUCCAGAUAUAAUGACCCAAUCAAUAUUUUUAUUCAAAUUCGUUAAUUCCUGUACCCUUCGACUACAACGCGACAACGAAAUGGAUCGACGAGAAAAAGACGACGGCAACACGAGUGAAAAUAAAUAUUUUACAGCUAAGGUGUCGUGCUGGGCUUAAAUGCGAUUGAUACCUUCAAUUUAGGCUGGAAAAAAUUAGUUUAUUGAUCCACGUAUUAUAACAGUGAGGUUUGCUCGCAGAUAAUUGUGAUUACUAGCACUUCCUAGACACCACAAUAGUUUAGUAAAAAGGUUCAAGAUUAUCUAAGGGGAACGUGCAUAUAUAGUGUGUCUACGUAAAAUUAUUGUAAGUAUCCGUUAUUACUUUUGAAUGAUCAAACUUCAAUCGUGUAGGUAUACAAGUGUGUCCAAAAAAUCGUAUUUGUAAACUUAAUCAUCAAUAACUAUUACGGAUCAUGUUAUUAUCAUCAGGAUUUUUUUCCAAGUCGACGUUGCGGUAAUGCAAAUUUGAAAUUGUUUGCAAAUCUUUAUUAAUUUAAAAGUAUAAACGGAUAUUCACUUUCGUACGAUGUUUAAUGCACUCGGAGGUUACUUCUAAUGAGCACACGGCACACCGAAAGGAUCUGCUAAUAUG